AUGAGAUAUGCUGAAUAUUAUAUUAAACAAAAUGUGGUGUCAUUAAAUGAUAUAGAAAUUGACGUACUAGAAAAACCUUUUUUUAACGAUUUAUUAAUAAACAGUAAUUUUCUGAAUUGUGUUAACAUUCAUGUUAUAAUUGAAAAAAAAAAAAAACAAAAAAAAAAUGUAAAUCUAUAUGAAAUUAAGUUAAAACUAAUAUAUAAUAAUAAUAAUAAUGAUAAAAGUGUAUAUCUUACAAAUGCUUUACAUCAAGAAAGGACCUCCUCCGUUAAACAAAAGUAUGAUUAUAUUGAUUUGAAAAGUUUUACUACAAAAGAUAAAAAAAGAGAAACAUAUUUAAAUCAUAAUAUAAAUUAUAAAAAAGAUAUAAGUAUUUAUAAUAAUGAUGUUAAUGAAAAAAUACACAACAAUGAAAUAACCAAUGAAUAUAACAAAAAUUAUAAAUUGUUAUUUGAGCAUAGUGUCUCAUCAAAUAUUUGGGAAAAUGAAAAUUGUAUAGAACAAUAUAAAAAUAACAAAUGUAUAUCACAUUGGUUAACAAAACCAUGUGAUAUAAGUGAUGUAUUAAAAAAAAAAAACUUGUUUAGUCAAAUGUUUUAUCCCUUCAAAAAUGAAUAUUUUUCAAAAUAUAUAUACUUACCUUCUUUUAUUUCCAUAAAAAAAGGAAAUAUAAAAUCUGUUCACUUCUUAUUAAAUAAUAAAUUAAGCAUUGUUCUUUCAUUAGAUCUUAUUGUUGAUAAAACAAAUAGUAACGCUUUUGAAAUUCAUAGGAAUAUAGAAUUACAUAACAUGUUAAAAUUAAAAAACAAUCAAAUAAUAUUAUGUAGAAAUUGUAAUUCGAAUAUUGUAAAUUAUUCAAAUGUUAAUUGCAUUAUGCCACAUUUAUAUAUAAAUAUAAAUAAUUUUUUUGAGCAUGCUUUUUGUGAAGAAUGCACUAGUUUUUCAUAUGAAGGUUUAAGAGAUACACGUAAUACUAUCAUUAUCUUUCCUAAUUAUUUAUCAUUUAGUUAUGGAAUAAUAAAUAAAUGUAACUUAUCAAUUAAAAAAAAUUCCCUGGAAAAUUAUCGACAUCUUUUUUUUUGUACCACUUGUUACACACCCAUUGGAUAUUUAGAAAAUAAUAAUAAAAACAAUUAUUCUUAUAAUAAUAAUAAAUCUAUAAAUGAAAAUAUAAAAAAUAAUAUUUUUCAAUUCAUACAAAAAAAUAGCUCAGAUGAUUAUAUGAACAUAGAUCAUACUAAUAUACUACAUAUAUCUAACAAAUUAUAUUUACAAAAUACUAAUAAAGAGGAUAUAAACAACAAUGAACAUUUUAAAAAAAGUUAUAUAAAUACUUUGGAAAAGAAAAAUCAAAAUAUAAAGGAAAAUAAUACAAUGAUGAAUAAUAAUUUUUCAAGUAACAAUAUGAAUAUUGAAAAUGACAUUAAAUUAAAUCACAAUGGUGAGACAAACCAUACAAAGGAUAAUGAAAAUAAAGAUUGUCUUAGUAAAAACUGUACACAGGAGAAUAUAAUUCAAAAAGAAGGAUUUAUAAAUGAUGUUGAUAAAAAUAGUAAUGAACAAAAAACAAGAGAGGAAUGUGAUCCUUAUGAUAAGAUAAAAUUUUAUAUAUUUAAACAUAAAAUAAAUAUUCCACUUUGUAAAGAAAAUAUUUUUAAAAAUUAUAACGAUGUCUUAUUUUUAAAUGAAUAUAUUUAUAACAAAAAUGAAAAAUAUAAUAUCCAAACAUUUUACAUAACAAAUAAUGAAAAGAAAUACAUUAUUGAUAUAAGGAUAUUUAUAAAAAAAAUGUAUAUAUCAUCAAUAUUACAAAAAAAAUGGAAUAAUAAAAAUUUACUAUUUUUUCAAAAAGUAAUAAAGAUUUUAUAUUGUAUAAAAUCAAAGCGUGAAAUAAUAUGUGCAAACGCAGAUGUAUUGAAUGUUUCUAAAAGCAUUUAUGAAGAUUUAUUAAAAAUAUUGAUUACAUAUUCGUAUAAGUCUAAAGUAUUUAAAAACAAGUUUGUGUCCUACUUACCUUUGGUUCAAUAG